UUUACUUGUGCUCCAGGAAUGAUAUUGAUGAAUGAAGACUGAAUUUAUCUCAUUAAACCCGUGAUAUUUUUAACCUAAUUAAAUGACGUCUCCAGUUCAAUUGAUUGAACUUUAGUGGUUAAAAGUGAUCUCUUUCUUGCCAUCUGUAUGAUUUUACAUGCAUGCAUGUAUAGAUUUAUAAAUACACGUUGGCGUUUGCGUCUGUGCACGCACGCGUACGCACACGUUUAUAUUGAGGCUUGAAAGUGAAUGAGAAGUUACUCAUUGCCUAAUUUUAUUCAGCAGAACUAAAUUCUGGUAACUUUUGGAUGACCUCUGCUAGACAAAGACAGGACAGAUCUAUUGUACGUCAUAUUACCCUCUUCUUUGACGGCUUUUCUUUUCCUCGCCCGCUUAUCAGUUUCUUCCCUUUUAACCCCGCUUCAGCUCAUCGCUCUGUAUAUUCCUUUGGAUUCUUUUUCUUAUUUUAUUUAAAGCGAGGUACCAAGCCCGGGUGGCGAUCCUGGCUAGUAGAUCAGGCGGCAGGGCAGCAUCCCCCGGGGCUGGGGGAAGCCGGCUCAGACAAAAGGCUGUGGGCAGGGCAGCGGCCGCCGCCCCGGGGUACCCCUACACCUCCGGUACCUGGUUUGCGGGUGCGGCCCGCCGGAGAGGGGGGUCACUCGGUUAGAGGGAUGUUAUUGAGUGGAAUCGCUGGAAAUGCGGGGAAAUGCGGCGGUGGGCGCCCGGCUCCCCAUUGGCCGGGCCGGUCACAUGCCCGCCUAACUUUAUUCAGUUGACAGCAAGUAGGAGGGCUCUAUGGCAGGGGAAAAAAAGACAACACGAGAAAAAUUAGUAUUUUCUACCUUCAGAAAUUAAUGGCCAUGAGUUCGUAUAUGGUGAACUCUAAGUAUGUGGAUCCCAAAUUUCCUCCUUGCGAGGAAUAUUUGCAGAAUAGCUACUUAGGCGAGCAGGAGGCCGAGUACUACAGUGCCUCGCAGGGCUCUGAUUUCCAGCACCAGGGACUCUACCCACGGUCAAACUACAGCGAGCAGCCCUAUAGCUGUAGCAAUGCCCAGGGCUCUGCCGGGCAGCCGCGGGGUCACGGACAGGAGCAAUCCGGCCCGGCGAGCCACUUCCCCGGCCCAGCAGAGCAUUGUCCACCGCCUCCAAUGUCCAACUCGCGAGCCUGCAGCCAGCAGCCGGCCCUCAAACCCCCAAACGGCUCCGCAGUUAAGCAGCCGGCAGUAGUUUAUCCCUGGAUGAAGAAAGUCCAUGUUAACUCGGUGAAUCCCAAUUACAACGGAGGGGAACCUAAACGCUCCCGCACAGCUUACACCAGACAGCAAGUCCUAGAACUGGAAAAAGAAUUUCAUUUUAACAGGUACCUGACCAGGCGCCGCCGUAUCGAGAUAGCCCACACUUUGUGUCUCUCUGAGCGCCAGAUCAAGAUCUGGUUUCAGAACAGAAGAAUGAAGUGGAAAAAAGAUCACAAACUGCCCAACACGAAGGGCAGAUCUUCUUCCUCUGGUUCAAACCCCCAUUUACAAACUGGUUCCAAGGACCAUCAGACUGACUUGACAACUUUGUAGAAGAGGUGAAAUUUUCCAUUUCAUCCUUCGCUUCUGACCAGUACUGUACAUAACUGACACUGCCCAAGCAGAACCUGCAUGUAGCAGCUAAGGACACGAGAAACUGUCAUCUUUCUUUAAGGUACUGUUGUACAAAGGAGACAAAAUGACGCUACUUUGGACUUUAUUUUAUUUGCCUCUGCUAGCACAACCUAAAAAAGGAAAAUAAAACAAAAA